CGCAUGCGCAACAAAACUUUGUGUUUUGUUUUGGAGCCAAUUUCAAUUUAUUAUAGAAAGUAUUAACAAGCACGCGUAGUUUGGGCUUCUCUUCUGUGUGCAGAAACUCGCCGGCUGCCGCGUUCCAAUAGGUCUGCAUGAUUUGACCCAAGCGCUGUUGUAUGCGGCCACCACCCACUGAGGUCCUGACAAGUUUCUUUUAGUAAUGAUGUCACGAGGACCUCUCGCCCCUCCCCCUCCCCCUCCCCCGAAGACACACAUGUUGUCUCACAAGCCCCAGAUGGAGGAGAAAAACAUAGUGGGAGUUCCGGCGCUGUUGGACGACUUGUACAAGCUGUCGCACGAUCAGACGACCGCUGACAUGCUCUUCAUCGUCGGACCGGAAGAGGAAAGGUUCUACUGUCACAAGCUCAUCCUAUACGCGAGAUGCUCGACAUUCCAGGCAUACAAGGAUGAGUUCUUCUACACGCCAAAGUCCCAUCCCUAUCAGCAGAGCUAUAGGUUUUUCCGACCAGAGCACUUCAAGUCUGUACUGAUGUACAUCUACACCGGAAGGCUGGUGCUGAACUAUGACAACGUCGUCGACAUCCUCAGCAUCGCUCAACACCUCGGCCUCGACGACCUGCAGAAGAACUGCGAGGAUUUCGUUGCUAGGCAACUAAACCUCGAUAAUGCGUGUCUGUUUCUGGCAGCAGCGAUGCGCAUGGGCCAACAGUUUCAAGGUUCAUCUGAUAACUCGUUUGUUGAGAGGUGUGCGGAAUACAUAGAGGAGAAUGCAGAGGAGUGCAUUCACACAGAGUCCUUCCUACGCCUGCCCAAAGAAGCGCUUAUCAGACUUGUGUCUUCUGACCAGCUUGCACUGGAGGAGAAUGACGUGUGGCGUGCCGUCCUGGCAUGGGCCAAGCAGCAGACGGGCAUCAACAAGCCCGUGUCCACGUGGUCGGAAGCAGAGAAGGGCCGUGUCCGUGUGCAGAUGUCGGGUGUGAUAGAACACGUCAAGCUGUUGCUUAUCGACAGUACUGUCUUCGCUGAGGAGGUGGAGCCAACAGGGGCUGUCCCUAUGGAGAUGAGUCUAGAGAGGUAUCGCUUUGCGGCUGUUCCGGAUAAAGUCGGCGAUCCACAUGACAAGAAGCUGCGGCCACGUCUGUGCGUGAAGUUGUUCCAUGAUACCGAGAUCUUAGUGCGGGACAGACUGCAGUACCAGAAGCAGCUAAGCAUCUGGUAUGGAGAGAGCAAGCAGGCAUGGAAACUCAUAUACAGAGCUUCUAGGGAUGGGUUCUCUGCUCAAAGCUUCCAUACACACUGUGAUGGAUACUGCCCUACUUUUAUCAUUGUCUUGGGGCAACGUGGCAACGUGUGCGGUGGUUAUAGUGAUGUUCCAUGGACCAGCAAGGCUCCACAGAGGGGGCGUUAUAUUGCAUCUGAAAAGGCAUUCCUGUUCACGUUGGUCAACAAUCAGGGUGUUCCUCCCACCAAAUUUGGCAUCGCCAACAAGAAGUUUGCUACAUCCCAUCAUCCUAAUUUUGGACCAAUAUUUGGCGCAGGUGCAGACCUAUGCAUUUCCAGCAACUGUGACACAAACAUGGAGUCUUAUUCUAACCUACCUCACUCAUAUACGACAGACCAGGCAUCAAAUAGCAUUCUCAUGGGUGAUUACAAUUUCACUGUAGCUGAUUAUGAAGUGUUUACGAUUUGUGAAUGAAUCUAAAAAUACGACAGACCUAAACACACAUUCUGUUUACUGCAUUUCUGUAUGCAUAUAUGGUAAUAAUAGUACAACAUUCCAAGCAUGUAAUUUGGGUAUAUCAUGCUAAAACAUUACAUAUAGAUUUUAUAGGUUUUUAUAUCCAAUAUUUAUUGCUGAAUUUACAACAGCAGUGCACAGAGAUGUUCAGCAUGGUACUAUACCCAGUAUAUGCUGUAUAUGAUAUGGCCAUUGCAUUACCCAACAUUGUCUUAUAUAUCCCUAUAUAUGUCCCAUUUUUUGUUGCCUUCUUUGUAAUCUUUCAAUGUGUCCUUGAAUUAUAAAUGAAUAUGGGUAUUAUUGCCCUGCUAGAAAAUUAGUAAGCAACCUAAUUGCUACACAAUCUUAUGGAUGCUGCCCAAACAAUAUAAUAGGGUUUAAUGUAAUUAUUUAUUUCCGGGUGGUGGAUGCGAUUAUUUCCUUUAUCCAUGGUAAAUCAUGUACGUAGGAUGGGAGGGUUUAGUAUGGUAAAUAAAAUUAUGGUGUUUUUACACAA